AUGGCGGGCAAGACGGGACUAACGAUUCCUCAACUCUUGAGUACAACUUGCGAUUAUGGGACCUCACAACACUUCAAGGACCUUGGACAUUUCCCAGGGCCACAUUUAGAAAGGGCGUUACCAACGCAGCCGGCUCCAACUGACAGAGGAGCAAUUUUCCUGGCCAUGGCCACUUUAUCACAGUUGCCCCGACACCGUCACAGCACUUCACACAUUAUCACUCGGACGCGACCGGAUAAAACUCCAAUGUCAUAG